GAGAUGGUAGUGAUCGCAACGGUCUUCCUCGGGAAGAAAUAGGGGUUUUCUACGAAUUCUGUCUUCCUGAACAAGUAGUUAUGCCUGUCUGAUGUGGAAAAAUGCAGUAAAUAUGUUCGUCUGGGAACCGGCACAAACAGACUCUCAGGAGUGCUGCAACUGAGUCUGAGAGAAACUGUGACGUGUGAGUCACCCACCUGCCUCAGUUGUCUCUGAUCAUCCGCUUCAAUCAAGAGUGUCUUCUCCAAGAUGGUCAAAAAGGGUUUGUUAGAAAGGCUACGGGAUGGCGUAGUGAUAGGAGACGGCGGAUUCGUUAUCGCUUUGGAAAAAAGGGGUUACGUCACAGGAGGAGCCUGGACACCCGAGGCCGUCGUUGAACAUCCUGAGGCAGUUAAGCAGCUACACAGGGAAUUCCUUCGCGCUGGAAGCGAUGUUAUGCAGACGUUCACCUUCUUCUCCACUGAUGACACCCUGCAGGUUAAGCAUGCUGGCGAGAAAGGAUAUUCCUACAAGUGCUCAGACCUCAACAAUGCUGCCUGCAAAAUAGCCCAUGAAGUGGCCCAAGAGAGAGACGCCCUAGUGGCAGGAGGGGUGACUCAGAGCCCUUCUUACACGGCGGGGAAAGGGAAGGAAGCAGUGCAAGCUCACAUACGGGGACAAGUCAAGACCUUUUUGGCUAACAAAGUGGACUUCAUAAUUUGCGAAUAUUUCAUGUACGUGGAGGAAAUAGAAUGGGCUAUUGAGGAAGUCAAGAAGAGCGGGUUACCAGUGGCAGCCACCAUGUGUAUAAGCGUCAGAGGUGACUAUGCUGGCGUUCCCCCAGGUGAAUGUGCCAUCAGGAUGGCCAAGGCUGGUGCGGAUGUUGUUGGUGUGAACUGCAUGUUUGACCCUUACAUGAUUAUUGACACUAUGAAAGCCAUGAAAUCAGCCUUGGACAAGGCAGGCCUAAAGCCCUUCCUUAUGGCACAACCCAAUGGAUUCUUUACAACAGGGACUGGGAAAGAAGGAUAUCUGGCUUGUCCUGAAUAUCCUUUUGCAAUGGAAGCCAGGACCGUGUCCAGGUUCGAUGUCCACAAGUUUGCCAGGGCUGCUUAUGACCUAGGCGUUCGAUACAUCGGUGGAUGUUGUGGCUUCGAAGCCUACCACAUCCGGGCAAUCGCCGAGGAAUUAGCCGAAGAGCGGGGCAAAUGGCCCGCUGGAAGCGCCAAACACAAACUCUGGGGUGAAAAUAACAUCCUCAGCUCUUCGCCAUUCAUUCGGAAAAGGGUCGGUCGGAAGUACUGGGAGUCCUUAGUCCCCUCCUCCGGGCGAGUCCAGGCUCCUACUCACGACAUUGAUCCGAAGCCUCAGUAGGUAAGACCCCAUCCAUCCUUUGAAGUUGAUCUUCCUUUGACCAGAAUAAGGAUGCUGUGGUUUGAAAGGGCUUCCCUUUUGGAUAGUUUGGUAGAAAAAACCUUACUGGCCACAUUGUAGAUGACAUUAUGGUUACAUCGAUUUCGUAAUUUUUCUACUCAUCCACUCCCUUUGAUCUUUGCUUACUUUUGCUUCGGAGUCUAGAAAAGAUGGGACUGUCGCUUUCUUUUAUCUUCAUACUGUAUUGUAUCUGCUGAAUUCUGUUCCUUCCAUAAUAAAGUAGAUAAAGUAG